AUGUCGUGCGUCGAGUCUUUUGUGCUCCUCGGCAUUGCCAUUUUCAUCAUCGUUGUUCGUUCAGCAUACCGAUGGCAUCAAGUCGGCUUCCGAGGCUAUCAGCUCGAUGACCAUCUCAUGCCUGUAUCGGGUGUUCUAUGCGCUGUGCUUACCUUCUUUGCCUAUGCAGUAGGCCAAAAGUACCACGGGCUUAGCAAUGGCUUCAUGACAGAUGAGCAACGCGAGACCCUAGACCUGAACUCAGAGGAAGCAUUCAUUCGCAUCAUGGGCUCGAAGAUCCAGGUGGUCGGAUGGUCUGUGUAUGCCUUGGAGCUGUGGCUGAUCAAGCUUUGCAUCACUGCUUUCUAUGCUCGCUUGUUCACACGCCUUAGCAACCUUGGCAUGCAGGUCAAGAUUGCUUAUGUGGCCAUUGGAGUGAGCUACGUUGUUGUCACCCUGGCCGUCUUGCUUGGUUGCCAGCCCUUCCGCCACAACUGGCAGAUCAAGCCUGAUCCUGGCCCCCUUUGCCAGCCGACCAACUCGAGACUCAACGUGCUCAUGGUCUACAUCUUCAACGUCUUGACAGACUUGCACUUGCUCUCGAUUCCCUUGCCGCUCUUGUGGCAUGUGAACAUCUCGCUGCGCAGGAAGCUGACACUGAUGCUUCUGUUUGGCGGUGCCGUCUUCGUCAUUGCGGCUGCGACGGUGCGUGCGGUGCUGGUCCUGACGGCAGGGCCCGAGGGAUCGCUCUACGCAAGCCAAUGGGGGUGCCGGGAGAUAUUUGUGUCGAUUGUGGUUUCGAACCUGCCAGUGAUCCAGCCCAUGCUGCGCAAGCUGGCCAGCAGAGCCGGCAUGAGUGUGUUGUUCAGUCACUCUGGAGGCCGUUCCGUUCACCACGACCGGGAUCAUGGCCUGGUGUCGACCGUGGGCAGAUUCUCCACGCUGCCGUCACGCAGUGCGAGCCAUCGCGGUGGCAGUGGCCCGGCCAGAGGAUGCAAUGACACGCGACAAGCGCCGACCGUGUCUGCAGCUGCCUGGGCCAGCGACGAGCGGAUACUGGUGAGCGACUUGGGCGAGAGGCCUGGGGGCGACGAGCCCUACGUUGGGCAGGUCCGGGGUGGUCAUGUGGGGGAAAUGGCCAUCAUGGUGGGCAAGGAGGUCCGCGUCAUGAGCGAGUGUGUUGAUCUGGAGAGCCAGUCCGUUUCGAUUUCGUCUGAGGACAGCAGGACCGAGGAGGGUUGGGACAACAACAAAGGCGACGAGACGAGAUGAAGGCGAGGGCAGGAGCUGUGACUUGGAAAAGAUGCACGAUGCAAGGCAUUGACAGAGGACGUCUCGAUGUUUCUCGAAGGAAUGAUGGAAGGUUACUGUGGAGCGGCAUGGCGCCUCCCUCCAAAAGCCCCCCCUCUCUCCAUAUUAGAGGUCAUACUGCCAUGACAAUCUUUAUCCCCCUCUUGAAGUCCCGUCCUAGCGAUCGAGUCGAACUCUACCCUGGGAUGACUGCCGUCAUUCGUUUUGGACCACGGGGAGUGAACGUGUUCUGUGUCUCUCGUCGCUUGGAUAACCCCGUUGUUGCCGAACCAGGAAUCUGGGAGGCAGCCGGGUCGCCCGUUGGGAGAAGUGGAGCAGGACUGCGAGGAUUGCGAGAAUGCCUCCCAAGGCUG